AUGUGUGCUCUGUUGGCUUCCUUUGGCAGCCUCAACCUUUGUGCCUGCUCCGUGGUGUGGUACGGUUGCCCGGCCUUUGCUAUGGAACUGGACCUAGCGACUGCUGAGGCCGGCGCUGGGCUGCCGGGUUCCAGUGCUCUGCCAACAUCUGCGAUAGCUCCUCUUAGUGGCCCUUCCACGCCAGUGGCCUCUGUCCCUUCCACCCACCAUGAUGUUGGCACGGAUGCCAGUGCGGAGCUGCAUCCCCUGGUUCUUUUCAGUACAGGCAUGGCACAAACGGACUUGACCUUUUCGGCAGAUUGGCUGGGUUUUCAGCUUUUCUCUCCGUACUACCAGCCGAUCUGUGGUGCGGUACGGGCUGCUCCGGCCCGUGACCUCCAACAGGUCAAGGAGAGCAUUCAACAGGCUGCCCCUCUUGACCCAUAUGGUUUGGCGGACCGCCUUGUUGCUUUGCAACCUCAGCGUUUCAGCGGCUAUGCGGGCUUCCUCAGAUAUCCUUCUGCUUGGGAUGCAGUUGACAACGGACAGAUCGCUGUUGUUAUUGACCUCUCACAUGUUGGUGGUCAUUACUUCGCAGCCUGUCUCCCGGCCGUUCUUUCUGAUGAGGAGUUCUUCCUUUACGUUGCGCCGCAUUGCACUGAGGACACCGAUGAGCUUCAGAUCUUUCUAGGGUUUAGCACCCAACCUGCCGCCCCUAGGACUGACCUGACUCUUUCACCCGGUGUAGUUCUGACGGUGCUUAGACGAGGUGUCCGUCCUUUGCCUUGGCAUGACAUUCUAGACCUCUUCCGGGACGGUGCUGCUUGGGGACGCACGGAGCAUUUGCCCCUGCAGUGCACCCUCACUCCUGGUGUGUGCGUCAUGACCGCCCAACACAGGUUUUUCCUGCACGAAAGACACCACUACCGCAACAGUCUUGAGAAUGCCAUUGCUGAACGACUGCAUUGCUCAGAAUCAGACAUCACCGUUUGUCAGCAUGAUGGCCUUUUCAGGUUCGAUCUGCAUGGAGAUCCGUGUCAUUCCUGUGCAGUUGUCCUCGACCUUCCACGGCCAGACGAUGACCUCCUCCAAGGACGACGGGACGUCUGUACGCUCUUGGACUUUCGGCCACUUGGACACCGACCUCGGCAUUGGCACUCGCACUUCCCUGCCUUGCACAUCCCCAGCAUUCUAGCACACUUCGGGUUGCGGUUGCCCGAUGGUCUCCAGUUCGUAGUCCAUGGGGGCUGUAGGGAAGACGAUGAUGUCUAUGUCCGUUCAAGGGAUGUCUUGGUUUUUGAGGCCAAGCCGACGGCUGCUCCGCUACCAACUGGGGUACCGCGACCUCCAGCUGACAGCAGUUCGGAUUCAGAUGAUAGUUCAGGAUCAGAUGCGGACUCAGGUCUGCCCAGUGUCCCCUCAACUACUGCAGCCGCGCCUUCUAACCGCAAGCGCAAGGAGCGUCGGGAUUCAGAUGCUAGGCGGCCUCCACCCUCCAACAGCAAGAGCGUCAGUGCCAAUCCGCAACCCACGGCACCGCAUGACUUUGAUGCCCGCUGGAUGGCAUCCGCCACCUCAUUUACCAACCUUGGUCUGGAUGCAGAGCCUUGGGAUGUUUGCCUCUUCGCUGUGCACUCAUUUUUGUCGCCCCGGCAGGGGGCUCCCCUACACUGUGCCAAGCCUUUCAUGGGUCAGCGCCGGCCCUCCAAGCAGACGGGUCUGCAAGCCUCUCAACCGCGCAUGGCCCACGGUACGGGCGACUUCCACAGCGGGGGUUAUCCUAGCGACGCGGCAGUCACGCGGCCGGACCAUCCUGGGCCUCCAGAUCACAGAGACAGGCCGCAUCAGCGAGGACCUCCUGACGUACUACAAGAUGUUGCGGCUACCGGCCCAGCCCUGCCUCGUACGCAACAUGUCUUCAUGGUUCUCGUCCCAGACAUGGCUCCAGAGCUUGUUGCUGUGCCCCUUGCCACCCCUGUCACGGUGCAAGAAGUCCUCCCCUUGAUUGUGGCGGACAGGAGCCCACAAUAUCAAGCAGACUUUCCGGAUUUAGUCCCGGUUUACCCGCAGCUUGACCCUGCUUAUGGUGUUUUUGUUGCACGGCCUUCCUGGGCACCAUCGGUCCGUGUGGUUUGUGUGGACACAAGGGCCAUUGAUGACCGUGCUUUCGCUAUGCCUUUCCCGGAGCAGCUCAACCGCGAGUCCCUUUUGCGUCUGAUCCGGCUCAGGGACGUGCCUGGCCUUCAAAUCUUUGUUGCAGGUGCCCCCUUUGGUCGGGGCCAGGCUCUUUUCCGGCACGGGGAUACAGUCCUAGUCCGAUGGGGCGGCAGACAUGACCCCCCUGUGCAUAGUCUAGCAAGUAUGUUGAGUAGCUCAGAAGGCUGGCAUCCCGAGGCUGAGGUCUCGCUUGGCCCUCUAGACAUGCAUGUUCUGGUCCUGACAGAUGGUAUCCACCACCUUCAGACAGUCGACAGCUACCAGCGAGCCACUUUUAAGCAGGACCUCGCCCUGGCUUUGCAGUACUCCGUGCAUCGCACCAGCCUCAAGCCCGCAUUCCCGAGGGUCACUGAUUGCAGCUACCGGGGUUUUUACUGCCAUUCUGUCGUUGUGGCCACGGAAGCUAUCUGCCGCUUACCGGUGCCCCCUGCCCGACCUCGCCCGGAACAGCUUGCUAUCUUGCUGGACAAGCGGCCUGUCCUUAGGGGUUUCACAUGGUUCCUCUGUGAAGGGGAGCAUUUUGACCUUCAGGACCUCCAGCGCACUUUGCAGCAAGAGGCUCCACCUGGGUACGUCGUCGAUGUCAGAGGAGGCCACAGGUUUUUACACAGAGGGAGGCCCCGUGUCAUGGCGCGCCAAGGUUUGGUCCUCCAGGUCCGUUUUGUACCGCCUGCUGUCCCUCCUGAUGAGGAUGAGGCGUCUGGCGACGAUGAUGCCGACUCCUCCACUGACCCCGCCGAUGAUGACUCUGUGGUACAUGGGCCGCACCCCGACGUUGAGGACUCCUCUUCUACGCCACGCGCUCCGCGUAGUCGUUCUCCUCCCCCCGAUGCUCCCAGGGGGCCACCUCCCCCUCAACCAGUCAAUCGAGGCGGUUUCCGCAACGGCUGUGCUACCAUUGUGGUAGGCAAGUGGUUUUCUGGUGUUUGUCGUGACGCUCUUGCAGAGAGCAACCGGAUUAUCACCUCUGCCCCCCUGGGUUUGGCGUUGCCUUGCUGCGUACCAGCUUUGAUUUUCCUUCUUGUGCUUGGUGGCCUGCUUGCCCAGUGGACGAGUUGGCUAUGGCACCAUAGUGCAAGCUUGGAUGUGUUGCAUAUGCCACGGUUUGGUCUGCCCGUGCGCACUUUUGCAUUUCUGCUGCUUCUCCUCCUUCAUGCUCGUCCAGUCGGAGGCAUGGUCGAUCCCACAGACCUGGCACAGUCGGCUGCGACGUUAGUGGCCACCCCUCUCGAGGGUAAGACAUCCAGGGCCAUCUCGAGCGCCCACCUGGAUUCAGGUCUUUUUCGACCCCUUCCCACACCGUGCAGGACAUCUCUUGCAAGCUGGCCCUUGCCGGCGAUGUCCCUCCCUGUGGAGUCGCAAGCUGACAUUGACAUGGAGGGCUUGCAAACACCAUUAGAGGAAAGUAUCCGCAGGCCGGGCUUUUCUGGUUUUCUCGACUCCGUUGUUAUCCUUGAGGCUGCCUGGGAACAUCUGUUGGAUGCCGGGCCGCCUUUCCUGGCGGAUCCCAGCACUCCCCCGUUGCCGAUGGCCUGUCCACUUACUGCCGAGGUUCGUGCACCAGACCCGCCACGGCUAAACUGUGCAGUCGGCUGCCCUCUGGCCCUCCAAGACCUCCUCCCACCCACAGCUUUCCAGCUAGAGGCUCAGGAUUUACAGGAGCUUCUGCGGCGACUGCGAGCUUCCAAAGACUUGGAGGCCCUGCAUACGGAUUGGCUUGACAGCGAUUUGACACCUUUGUGGCAGGAUCCUGAGGCAUCCGAAGAUGGCAUAAAAACCCCUGACCCAGGACAGCCCUACAAGCUUGAGAUUUACACUGAUGGGUCAGCUCAGUGGGACCACACCCAACAAGGCCUCUCGCCUGCUGCUUGGGCCUUCUCUGUCUGGCUCUACACAGAGCAGGGCCCUUUCCUUUUAGGUGUUGCAGCACACUCUCUGGUGCCUGAAGGGACUCCCUUUUGGGUUGGGGAACACAGUGACACCCCUCUUGUCUCCGAGCUUGCUGCGCUGUGUUGGGCUCAAGCCUGGGCUCUGGAGUACGGCAUCCACUACCAGCUCCCUAUGCUUUUCUGCUAUGAUGCCACCAGCGCAGGGGCUGGAACGUUCGGAGCUUCCAGGCAAGCCAAGGUCCCUGUUCCGUCGACCGCCCGGGCGCCAGAGGAUGAAGGGGCAGCUUCCACGAUUAGUGAGUUCGCAUGUCUCUUACGUCAGUGUUUGGUCCGAAUGGCCCACGUUGAGCACCACCAUGUGCAUGGGCACUCUGGUUGCCUUCCCAAUGAGCUGGUGGAUCAGUUGUCCAAACAGGCCCGAAGGACCCACGAAGACCCGUAUGAUCGGAAUUUGCCCGUCUGGCCAUCGCGGCUCGCCUCUCACCGGCUGAGGCAUUGGGCCUGGCUUGCGGCUGCGCCUGACCCGCAUCUUCCUGUUCUUGCGGCCCUACAGGCAGAGGCUUCCCGCCUACAAUCUACCCCCUGCAGAGUCUCUCCUCCUGACUUCGGCCUAAGUCAGGUGCACCGGCCCAGGGCCGAAGUGGUUUUCUCCCUUGCGUUUGCCUCGUACAAUGUGCUUACGCUUUUCACUCCGGAUGCUCCCAAGGGACGUGUCAAGCGCCAUGCUCAACGUGGCAUGCUAGUGGCAGGCAAGCGCGACCUCCUGAAGAAACAGUUCUUGGCCAGGAACCUCUGGGCUAUUGGCUUGCAGGAAACCCGUUUUACUGCGGAUGAGGUGAUGCAGGAUCAAGAUUUUCUCAUGCUGUGCACAGCUGCAGACAGUCAAGGCAGCUACGGUUGCGCGCUAUGGCUUAACCUUGGUCUUCCUCUCACCCCGGGUCAGCCUUCCACAAAAGUCCGCCGAGAUCAGGUUGUUGUUACCAGUUUCUCCCCGCGGCACCUUCUUACGCAAGUCGAUGCUGACAGGCUCCGCCUUACCAUCUUGGUAGCCCAUGCCCCGCGAGGCAAGGCUUCCGAUGUGGCGGAGGCGGAAGCCUUCUGGCAAGCACGCCAGACAGAGGUUGCGCGCCGCCCAGAAGGGUCAGAGUUCAUCCUGCUUACGGACUCUAACUCGCAUCUUGGGUCAGUACAUACUGACGCUGUUGGGCCCCAUGACGGCGAGACCGAAAAUCUGGCUGGAGCUGUUUUCCAUUCUUUCCUUUUGGCUACUCACAGCUUCCUGCCAUCCACAUUUUCGUGUUACCACCAAGGUUCCUCCUGGACCUGGAUUGCUCCAGGAGCCGAUACGGCCAGGCAUCGACUGGAUUUCGUGGCCCUGCCAUAA